GCAUACAGCGGCAGGUUUUCCGGAGCGCACCGCCGGUUAGAUAACCGCAUGUCAUCCUCUCCGCCGGGGGACCAACGGAAGCGCAGCGGCGAGUUGAGGACGACAAUAAAUAAAAUGAAUGUAUUUUUUUAAUUAUUCUUUGUUGAUUUAAUUUAAUUUCAAGUCCAGAAGCUGCCGGAGAAGAGACGACGCGUGCACACCGGGCGACGCCAGCGCGGACGGACACACGGCGGGCACGCAAACUUCAAGAGUGGAUUCAUAAACUGUGGAGGUCCGUCGGGCUGGUUCCGGAGCUCCAGCGUCGUUAUUAUUAUUAUUAUAAUGAUGAUAAUAAUAAUAAUAGUAGAAAGCAUUAUGGAUUAAUUAGUGAGCAGCGUCGUUCAUAAGAGCAACAGAUGAGGAAAAUGCACGUGGCAAACAAGCGAGGCGUGAAAGAGCUGAGGCAGCACACCUGCGCCCUUUGAGCUUCUCUGAGGAUCCUCCUUCUAACUUCUGGGACAUACAAACACAUAUUCCCUGCCGUCACACAUACUGAAGCCAGCAUGCCCAUCAUCAGCAAUGCCAACCACGACUUCAGCACCUACUCAAUCAGCAGCGACGACAGCAGCCUCGACCGAUUCUUCACCGAGAUCCCGGAGACCGAGACCAUCAAGGGCGUCUACUUCCAGCGCGCCCAGCUGCUUCGCGACCGCAAGGCCUCCUACGUCGUCGACCACACCCUGCAGGUUCUCAUCAAUGUCGGGGGCAACCGCUACACCUUCCCCUGGAGCACCCUGGAGCAGUUCCCCCAGAGUCGCCUGGGACGCCUACGUUUCUGCACCACACCAGAGGAGAUCGCGCGACUCUGCGACGACUACGACGAGACGUGCCGGGAGUACUUUUUCGACCGAAACCCGACCGCCUUCAGGGUCAUCCUCAACUUCUUGGCGGCGGGGAAACUGCGCCUGCUCCGGGAACUGUGCGCCGUGUCGCUGCACGACGAGCUCGACUACUGGGGCGUGGACGCGAGCCACAUGGAGCGCUGUUGCCGCCGGCGCAUGAACACCCGCGUGGAGGAGGUGGUGGAGCGAGAGCGCAAGGAGCAGGAGUGGAGGCAGAAGAGGGUGAUGCUGAAGAAAACCACCACAGAGACCAAAAAGGGCUAUCACAAACUGACCUGGAUGCUCCGCGAGGUGGUGGAAAACCCUCAGUCGGGGUUGGCCGCGAAGAUGUUCGCAUGCCUCUCGGUGGUCAUGGUGAUGGUCACCGUGGUCAGCUUGUGCAUCAGCACCAUGCCAGACCUUAGAGACGAAGAGACCAGGGGCGAGUGCUCCCAGAAGUGUCAGAGCAUGUUUGUGGUGGAGUCCAUCUGCGUGGCGUGGUUCACUCUGGAGUUCCUGCUGCGGUUCGUCAACGCCCAGAGCAAGCUGGCCUUCGCCCGCGGGCCCCUCAACAUCAUCGACGCCAUCGCCAUCCUGCCGUACUACGUGGCCCUGGUGGUGGACGUCAGGGACGAGUCGCGGGACGACGUGGUCAUCGUGGGCGCCGGCAGGGGCUACCUGGACAAACUGAGCCUGAUCCUGCGCCUGCUGCGGGCCCUGCGGAUCCUGUACGUGAUGCGGCUCGCCCGCCACUCCCUGGGCCUGCAGACGUUGGGGAUGACCAUGCAGCGCAGCAUGCGCGAGUUCGGCCUGCUGCUGCUGUUCGUCUGCGUGGCCGUGACCCUCUUCUCGCCCCUGGUCCACCUGGCGGAGAGCGAGCUGGCGCCGUUCGCCGCCACGCACCCGCAGCACAGCUUCAGCAGCAUCCCGGCCUCCUACUGGUGGGCCAUCAUCUCCAUGACGACGGUGGGUUACGGCGACAUGGUGCCGCGCAGCAUCCCCGGACAGAUGGUGGCGCUGACCAGCAUCCUGAGCGGCAUCCUCAUCAUGGCGUUCCCCGCCACGUCCAUCUUCCACACCUUCUCCCGCUCGUACCAGGAGCUGAAGCAGGAGUACGAGCAGCUGUGGAAGGAGGAGAGGGGCGAGGAGAUGGCCGCCGAGUCGGAGGAGACUUGGUCCAGACUCCAUUUGUCACCGGACAGGUUCACGUCCGGGUCCAAGGACGGUAACGACGGGCCGAAGGGCCACAAAGCCGCGGUUCCAUCGACAGCUUUCUGAUGAGCGUUCAUUCAGUCGAUAUGUGUGAGAAAUGGUGACAACAUGCUCUCUCUGCUGUAUAAGCACAUUUAGACCGCUGAGGACUGUUUUAUUAUGUUAAUGUAGUGCGUUACACUUAAAAGUGAUUGUCUGUUCAUGUCCUGGAUUCAUGCUGUUAAUGCAGUCGACUUUCCAAAAUUAUAUAAUACUUAUCAGGUUAUAUUACGCUUUUCUCUUCAGCAAAUGAAUGACGUACAAACCUUUUAGUACAACAGAUCAUCUAAAUUAUUUUCUUUAAAUAUACGUUCUGCAAUCUUACUGAAACUGUGUGCACAUUUUUACCAAAAAGGUACAGAUAGAUAUAUACACGUAUAUAUUAAAUAUGAUUUAGUAUUUACACUUGUGCUGUAUUGAUACUUAAGGCUUUUUUUCAUAUAGCGGUGCUUUUGUGUUUUUGUUCCAUUCAGAGAGAAGAAGCUUGUUAGCAUAGCUUGCAAACAUUGGCACUGAUUUCCACGAGUUUUUGUUCAUGUUAUUUUAUUUUAUAAGGAAAACAAGAGGUGGUUUUCCCGCUAGCAUUAGCCAUUUAAAUAUAUAUAUAUAUAUGUUUUCCUGCUAGCAUUAGUAAUUUAAAUACACAUAUAUGUAUAUAUAUAUAUAUAUUUAUUUAUAUAUUGAAAA